AUGGUGCUGGAAGGUGCUCUGCCGCUGCAGCUGUACGCGGCGGCGGCGCAACUGGCCCCGAGGCCGGCCUGGCCGCCUUUUUUGCCCUUCUUUGGCGUACCACCGCCGUUUUUGGCGCGCCCGCGUCUGCCCCAGCCUUUGGUUAGGGCGCCUCACGGGCCGCCAAGUGAAGACUCCAAUGAAGACGGCGCUAGUACAAAAGGUGGAGUAGGCGAUGACGACGGCGACAGUGGGAAGCGUCGCCGCUCUCGCACCAACUUCAACUCUUGGCAGCUGGAGGAGCUGGAGAGAGCUUUUUUGGCCUCCCACUACCCCGAUGUGUUCAUGCGAGAAGCGCUUGCGAUGCGCCUCGAUCUGAAAGAAAGCCGAGUGGCGGUCUGGUUCCAGAAUCGACGUGCGAAAUGGCGCAAAAAGGAGCACACGAAAAAGGGUCCAGGGCGGCCGGCGCACAACGCACACCCGCAAUCCUGCUCGGGAGAACCCAUUCCUCCACACGAGCUCCGCGCUCGCGAGAGGGCGCGAAGAAGAAAGAAAUUGGCAAAAGCGCUAGAAAGACAGGCGAGAAAACUACGUGCCAAAGGUAUCGCAGUCGACCUGGAAGCUCUAAAAGCGGAGUACUUGGCUCAGCACAGGAACAGCGGCCUCUAUUCCGACUCAGAUGGUGACGCAGAAGGAGAAGAUAGCAUGAUUGAUGUGGUAGGAGGUGAUUCAUGUCACGAUUCCGGCCCCGAAGAUUUUUCCUUAUCAGGCAGGCUCCGCGCGCCUUCAGGCGCCGAUGCGAUUAACAAUUCUGAUAGUUCGACAUCAGAUGCCCAUUCAGGCAGAAAUUUCAGCCCAGACCCGCAGCCGUCUUUCUUUAAGCAAUUUGGCACAAGUGGAGCGAAUUUCGAGAAGUUUGAUUUUGACUCGGGCAGAGCAGUCUCCUUAGAUCUCAGCGGAACAGGAACAGCCACGGAACAAGAUUUGUCAAGAAAUGGCGGAACACGAAAACAUAAUCCGUUUAGCAUAGAGUCGUUACUUAACACGUGA